GACAUUUUGCCUCAAUUUAUGUACAAUUUUCACGCAUUCCUUACGCAUAAGAAUAUUCCGCUAAUUAGUGAAAAUAUACAAUAAAUACUUAUAUAAAAAUUAAAAAGUCAUAAAUAAUGGAUAGAUUUCAUAUAAACGAUAUGACUGUUAUUCUGGAGGAUAACAAGAGAGUGUAUCAGACGGGAGACUACAUAACCGGGAAAUUGGUGUUGACUUUGAGAGGCGAGAUAUUGGUGUCAAUCAUACAAAUUAAGAUGUAUUGUUUGGCUCAAGUGAAAUGGAUGGAAAUGCCGGGCCUUAAGAGCGAUGGCCACCAGUUUCACAUCAAACGCAAAUAUGUUGAAUACGACUAUCAAUUGCCCGACGAAUUUCGCGAUAAAUACUUUACGAAUGGCAUGAAUGAAAUACCAUUUAUGUUUCGACUCCCGGAAAGUGGCAUUCCGUCGUCCUUCGAGAGCAGUCUCGGGUCAAUCCAAUACUUCAUUGAGGCCUUUGUGGGCGAACCGGAGAUCGAUGAAAAUAUGGGAACCAAAACCACGUUUGUUGUCGAGUCUCCCUUCAAGGAUAACCUAUACUUAUCAGUCGGUGGAAGUACUGAGAAGGAGUUGGGAAUCAUAAACCUGGGCUCCGGCACUAUUCGCAUGAAUGUGUCCGUUUUCAAAAAGGGCUACAUUCCCGGUGAAUUAGCAGAAGUGGUGUGCAAUAUAGAGAAUGACUCGACCCAUAGCGCGACCCCCAGAGCAACACUAUAUCAAACACAGAUAUUUAUGACCGGAGAGAAGCACAAAACCAUUGAGACUACAGUUACCGAAGCCAUCGUUGGGGACACUAUUGAGGCCGGAGUGGUCACCGAAUCGGUGAUCAACGUUCCCAUUCCCGACGACAUACCCCUAUCGCUCAAGUGUCCAAAUAUUACGGUUAAGUACUUCCUUCACGUGACGCUCGACAUCCCGCACACCAUUGACUUACAUUUGAAUUUACCCAUUAUUAUCACAAACAGUUUCGCUAUGAAUUAACUCAAACAAUUUGUUUGAAAAAUACUUAAAUACUAUUAAAUUGUCAUAUUUAAAGUGUUAGUAAAUAUACUUG